AUGGCCUCCGGCCUCGCGGCUUCAGGUAGGAUCAAGAGCUUCAUGUCGAGUUCGGCGGUCUUUGUGGAAGGCGUAGCGGAGCCGGCCGAUGUGCUGAGCAUAAUAGCUGCAGUUUUGAGGAGGAUGGACACGACAUUGGCUUGGGCCUGCAGUAUUGUGGCACCUCGUCCGAAGCAGCGGAUGUGCCUUGCCAGGCCCCGGCUCAGGCUGGCCAGGCGGGACUCGAAAUGCUGGCCGAAGGGGCUGCUGGUGGAAGCGUCAGGCAAUAUCGAUAUAUCAAGGCCCCGUCCAAGCCAGGCGCGACGGAGCGGCCCCGGCGAUGGAGACUGCACCUAG